AUGUCUGCCCCAUCCAUCCACGCAGACGCGCCGCCCGACCUUGUGUGCGAUCCAGAGGGUCUGCAGUAUGAAACAGGCCCGCAGCUGGGCAAAGGCGGCUUCGCCAUCUGCCACCGCGCGAAGUUGUUGGGGCAUGAGCAUCUCGGCAGCAGCACAGUCGCUUUGAAGAUCGUCAAGAGCAAAAUGGAGCCGCCCAAACUGGCACAAAAGUUUGUGACCGAACUACAGAUACAUUCGAAACUGUCGCAUCCCAACAUUGUCGAAUUCUUCCGCGCCUUCUCCUUCCACUCGAGUACCUACGUCGUCCUGGAACUGUGCGAGAAUGGCUCCCUUGCCGAUGCGAUCAAGAAGCGAAAAUACUUCACCAUGCCCGAGAUUCGACGAUUCAUGAUCCAGACAUGCGGCGCUAUCAAGUACCUGCACCAGCGCAACAUCGUACAUCGCGACCUCAAGACUGGCAAUCUUUUCUUGGAUCGCGACAUGAACGUUAAGGUCGGCGACUUUGGCCUUGCCGCUCUCCUCGUCUCACAAAACGACUAUGGUGCCAUUCGCCGCACAACGAUGUGCGGGACGCCCAACUAUCUGGCACCAGAAGUACUGGAAAAGACAGGAAAGGGUCAUGACGAGAAGGUUGACCUCUGGGCUAUUGGUAUCAUGAUGUACACACUCGCUGUAGGCAGGGCACCUUUUCAUGCUGCGAAGCGCGAGGACAUUUACCGAAAGCUGAAGGCGCGAGAAUACACCUGGCCAGAUCUUGCGAAGUUCGCGAACGAGAUCACCGACGACCUGCGCGAUAUUGUAUCGAUGCUGUUAGUGCACGAGGACGACCGGCCGACUCCCGACCAGAUCGUUGCCCAUCCCUUUUUCAAGCUAGGAUACAUUCCGUUGGAGCUAGACAGUGGAUGCACCUCGCGGAUACCCAAGUGGGCAAAAAAUAAGCCUCCCACAGCCACGGUUGUGAAGCGCGGAUAUACUGAGGAGUGGUGGACAAUGUGCAAGGCCUCUGCUGUUGGCGAAUACGAACCCGGGAAGUCUUUCGGGGCAUACGGCAGCCGAAGAAACAAGACAGUAGCUCGCGACUGCCAAAAAGAGAUCGAGGCGGGCAAGCAACCGAACAUACCAUUUGGCAAAGACACCGUCUAUGUGCCUUUCCCCGUACGCGUUCAAUGGCCACACCAAGUUGCUGGUGGCUUGAGUGAGAUCUCAGAGGAGAAGGAAUCGUCUGCUGAGGGGCUGGCCCUCGCAGAGACGACUGGGAACGACCGCAUAAAAGCCCGCGUCCCCCGCAUCACAAGAAAAGAACAGGCGCCAUUGCCUGCAUUGAAGGAGAACACGGAACCAGUACAAGAACCUGAAGGGGCGCGGAGGAUAAUGGACAAGGGGCCUACACGUCUGAGGGCUACUCGCAAGAUUUCAAACCCUGGUCGAGUGACCGCGACAACAGCUGCAGCGCCUGCCCCAUUGCGCGCACCGCGAGCCAACACACGAGCGCGAACCACCAAAGAAGUUGCUCAAGAGGCACCAAAACAGACGGAAAACGGCCUCCAAGAUUUGCCGCCACUGAAGAUCGCCAAAACAAGUACCCGAACAAUCGAGGUACCGGAGCCAGUAGCCUCUCAGCCAUCCAGAUCGCGGAGUGGGCCACAAUUUCGCACAAUCAGCGCUGAGAUGCCUACUACCGAUCCUGUAGCCGUCCUGGCGCGUUUGUAUACAUUCCGGGAUAAUCUGGCACGAGCCCUUGACAAGAAGCCAUCUAGGUCACGAAGGGACCAACCCGCAAAAUUGCCAUACGUGGCGAAGUGGGUCGACUACUCUCGUAGAUAUGGCGUGGGCUAUGUUCUCGACGAUGGCAGCAUCGGCACACUAUUGACGGCGGAUGGGCAUUGUCCAGUCACUGCUGCGAUUGCCACAGACGGAUAUAACCACCUGAAGAUGGCUGGAAAGGACCGAGACCUAGCACGAAACGUACCGCUUGAUUUUUACGCGACUGCAAAGAAGAACGGGGGUCUCUCCCGCGUCGAGGUGCUAGAGCGUCGACGCGUCGAAGAGAUACGGACAGUAUGGCACAAGUUUGGGAAAUACAUGUGUGCGACCUUUGGGGACGAGGAGUUGCCUUUCAAGAAAGACGCCAAACAAGGGAAUUUCGUCAAGUUCUACCAGCGACUUGGUAACGUUGGCAUUUGGGGUUUUGACGACGGGUCCUUCCAGUUCAACUUCCCUGACCACACCAAGCUUGUGUUGUCGUCAGACGCCGGGCACUGCCACUUCUUAUGUCUUCCGCUUGAUGCCACAUCGCUUCUGGAGGCCACUGGAAACGUACCAUGGAAGCAUGUGAGAGCACGCGCGAACCUGCGAGGGUCUCUACAGCAGCUCUUGUACGGUUCUGCCAACAAGGAAGACGGGUACAAGGAGAUCACUGAAGCCAACCACCUUCGACUAAAGAUCGAGUUCAUGCUCUCUGUGGUCGAAGAAUGGGUUCAGAAUGGCGGCCUGGGCUGUCUCGUGGAACCGAAAGAUUAUUCUUGGACAGGGCCGCAGCUGGAAGAGACGAAACGCCUGGACUGGGCGAGCGCAGUUUCAAAGCGCGCUGGGCGCAAGAAGGAAGGCGGUGGAGCAGCGCCGAAGCAGUUUGCAGCGAAGGCUGUCUUUGAGACAACUAAGAAGAAGGAAGUGGGAGUCUCAGAUCUGACCUUGAUCAGCAAGGUGUCGAACGAGGCCAUCAACGAAAACUUGCAGAAACGUUUUGAGAAUGGCGAAAUCUACACAUACAUUGGACAUGUGCUGGUGUCCGUCAACCCAUUUCGCGACUUGGGCAUAUACACAGACCAAGUGUUAGACAGCUACAAGGGCAAGAAUCGGCUGGAGGUCCCCCCGCAUGUCUUCGCAAUCGCCGAGUCUUCAUACUACAACAUGAACGCAUACAAGGAGAACCAAUGCGUGAUCAUUUCCGGCGAAUCCGGAGCAGGAAAGACAGAAGCUGCAAAGCGAUUGAUGCAGUACAUCGCGAGCGUUUCAGGCGAGGGCAGUUCUCAGAUUCAGGAAAUCAAGGACAUGGUGUUGGCCACGAAUCCUCUGCUCGAAUCCUUCGGAAACGCGAAAACGCUGAGGAACAACAACUCUUCGCGAUUCGGAAAGUAUCUCGAGAUCCACUUUAACGCGCAGGGUGAGCCGGUGGGAGCCAACAUCAACAACUAUCUACUGGAAAAAUCACGAGUAGUAGGCCAAAUCAUGAAUGAGCGGAAUUUCCACAUCUUUUACCAGUUUGCGAAGGCAGCGUCGCCGCAAUACAGAGAAUUGUUCGGCCUACAGCAACCUCAAUCUUAUCUCUACACGAGCCGAUCCAAAUGCUUCGAUGUCGACGGCAUCGACGAUCACGCAGAGUUCAAGGAUACUCUAAAUGCCAUGAAGGUUAUCGGUCUGGAACAAGCGGAGCAAGACAACAUCUUCCGCAUGCUCGCGACAAUUUUAUGGCUAGGCAAUGCGUCUUUCAAAGAAGACGACUCGGGGAAUGCUGCAAUUGUGGAUCAAUCGGUAGUUGAUUUCGUGGCAUAUCUCCUGGAAGUAGAUGCUGAGCACGUCAACAAAGCCCUCACAAUCCGAGUCAUGGAGACGAGUCGCGGUGGACGGAGAGGCUCUGUGUAUGAUGUGCCAUUGAAUUGCGCCCAGGCAAUUUCAGUACGAGAUGCGCUUGCAAAGGGCAUUUAUUUCAACCUGUUCGACUGGAUCGUACAGCGUGUCAAUGUAUCACUGAAAGCUCGAGGUGAAACAGCUCACUCUAUCGGUAUCCUAGACAUUUACGGGUUUGAAAUUUUCGAGCGCAACAGCUUCGAGCAGCUGUGCAUCAACUACGUCAAUGAGAAGCUGCAGCAGAUUUUCAUUCAGUUGACUCUGAAAGCAGAACAAGAAGAAUAUGAACGGGAACAGAUUAAGUGGACACCGAUCAAGUACUUCGACAACAAGGUCGUGUGUGAGCUCAUCGAGGAAAAGCGCCCGCCAGGCGUCUUCGCUGCGUUGAACGAUGCUUGUGCUACAGCACACGCCGAUCCCACUGCUGCAGAUGGAACCUUUGUUCAAAGACUGGAUGCGUUAUCAUCAAACCCUAACUUUCAGCCUCGCCAGGGACAAUUUGUUAUCAAGCAUUACGCUGGUGAUGUCGCGUACGCGGUGGAGGGCAUGACAGACAAGAACAAGGAUCAGCUUCUGAAGGAUUUGCUGAACCUCCUAGGCCAGAGCGCAAACCCCUUUGUCCACACUCUCUUCCCACAUCAAGUCAACCAAGACGAUAGGCGACGACCGCCGACGGCUGGAGACAAGAUCAAAGCUUCAGCGAACGACCUCGUUACAACUUUGAUGCAGGCUCGACCAUCGUACAUCCGAACUAUCAAACCAAACGAGAACAAAUCACCAAAGGAAUACACCGUAUCAAGCGUAUUGCAUCAAGUCAAAUAUCUUGGUUUGCAAGAAAAUGUUCGCAUUCGGCGAGCUGGUUUUGCGUCUCGUCAGACAUUUGAUAAGUUCGUGGAAAGGUUCUUCUUGUUGUCUCCCAAGUGCUCGUAUGCUGGCGAGUACACUUGGACAGGCUCCUACGAGUCUGGUACCAAACAGAUCUUGAAGGACACCAACAUGCCGGCCGAGGAGUUCCAGAUGGGCGUAACGAAGGUUUUCAUCAAGACGCCCGAGACGCUCUUUGCGCUCGAAACAAUGCGCGAUCGAUACUGGCACAACAUGGCAAUUCGGAUCCAGCGUGCUUGGAGAAACUACCUGCGAUACCGGGCUGAAUCCGCAACCCGGAUACAGCGUUUCUGGCGAAAGCUAAACGGCGGUAAGGAGUUUAUUGACCUUCGUGAUCAGGGCCACAAGGUUCUCCAGGGCCGCAAGGAAAGACGAAGAUACAGUCUGGUCGGGUACCGAAGAUUCAUGGGCGAUUAUCUCGGCAUUGGCAAUAAGGGUGGCCCGGGCGAGGUGAUUGCUAAUGCUAUCGGACUGUCGCCCAACGAGGAGGUGCCUUUCUCGUGCAGGGCCGAGACACUUGUUUCGAAGCUUGGUCGCUCGAGUAAGCCUGAGCCUCGAAUGCUUAUCCUCACCAACAAGAACGUAUAUUUGGUCAAGCAAGUGAUGGUCAACAGGCAGGUCCAGAUCCAAGCUGAGAGAACAAUACCUGUAGGCGCAAUCAAGUUCAUCAGCGCUUCGACCUUGAAGGAUGACUGGUUCUCCAUCGGGGCAGCCUCACCCACAGAGCCUGAUCCGCUCGUUAACUGUGUGUUCAAGACGGAGUUCUUUACGCAUUUGGCAAAUGUUUUGAGAGGAACAUCAAACCUCAAGAUUGGUGACACAAUCGAAUAUAACAAGAAGCCUGGCAAGCUAGCCCAGGUGAAGGUAGUCAAAGAUCCUGCAGUCGCGAGAGACGAUCUGUACAAGAGUAGCACCAUCCACACCGGUCCAGGAGAACCUCCUAAUUCACACUCAAAGCCCACUCCUAAAGGAAAACAAGUUGCAGCAAAGCCCAUCACGAAAGGCAAGCUCCUACGGCCCGGCGGUCCAGGAGGAGGCCCCUCGAAGCUUGCCAGUCGUCCUGCGCAACCGAGAACAGUACCGAUACCUGUUGCGGCGCAAUCACGGAUACCACCCGCGCCGGAACUACAUCCAGCCUUCACUCCUGCCGCACCGCAGGCGCGAGCCAUUCCUGCCGCUCCACCGAUGAAUAUGGCAUCAUCGCGGGUACCGCCUCCGCCUCCGCCCCCGCCGCAUCAUCCUUCUGCGCCACCACCUGCGCCUAAGGAACCUACAUACAAAGCGUUGUACGACUUUGCUGGACAGUCAGCUGGUGAACUGAGUAUCAUGAAAGAUGAGAUCAUCCUGGUUGAACAGAAAGGGGAUACUGGAUGGUGGCUCGCCUCUCGCCUUGAUAAAUCUGCCUCGGGCUGGGCACCUUCCGCUUACCUUGAAGAACACGUCAGUAAACCAGCGCCGCCUCCUCCUGGUCGACCCAAGCCUCCUGCUCCGCCUGCCAAGCGCCCUGCGGCGAGGAAACCGGCUGGGGAGGCGGCAAGGGAUAGUGGGUACUCUGGAAGUGGAUCGGAGACGGGUGCGAGGGAUAGCAGUGGAAGUAUUGCGGGGGGACUGGCGGAAGCGUUGAGACAGAGACAGGCUGCUAUGCAAGGGAAGACUAAGACUCAGGAGGACUGGUAG